AUGACAAAAGAACAAUUUUUCAGUACAGACAUCCAUCAGAAUGUCAGUCAUGCCGACACUGAAUCCGAUGGGCAACAGCAAAAGAGAACAUCGUGGUGCAUCGAGAGCAAUGAUGAUGAGCAGCGAUUACGACAAGAAUUGAUUCAAAGAGCCACUGCUCGUCUACGACGUCGUAUGCUUGAGCAAGGCCUGCAGGAUGUGAUGCGUCAAGUAGUCUCAUUACAAACUCAAUUAGAGACAUUGCGUGUGGAUGCUAUUACUACAAUUGACACUGUAUCCACCAUUUUUGACGAAUCAAAGGCAGCUGAGGGUACACAAAAGAUGAAUCGACAAAUGGAUAUUCUUGAAAAGAGACUCGAGUCGCAUAGAAUGGAUCUUGCUCAACUACAAGAACAACAGCAACAAAAUCCAGUAGUAGAUCAACCCUCAACGAUACUCACUUCUGAAGCCAUGGAGAAAUCUGAUUCCAAUUUGACAGCCAUGUCAAUGUCUAGACUUUCAUCCCUGUCUCUCAUGUCUUCUAUUUUUGGUAGAUCAUCAUCCUCUUCUGCUGUAACCAGUCGUGCAACCAGUGUAAGCGGCGGAGUCGAUCAACAUGAACAUUUCAAAAAGCAAAUCCAGGAACAACAACAACAAGACCCUUUUGAAUCACUGUCCACCCUGGAGGAUGACGACGAUAUCUCCCAAAUUGAAAGUAUUGGCAAUUCGGACUGGAAGUCAGCUUCAGCUUCUUCAGCAAGCGCAGAGGAUCAUCCUUUCUAUGAUUUAGCAGGCAAGCGAAGUUUCGGAGCUGGUAGUUUCUGUGGAAGUGUCUAUCAUGACAACCAACAAGAUCCCGUAACGGUGCCUGCCCCUUGCAACAAUUCAGCUGAAAUUCGGUCCAGACGUCGCCAGCGUCGUCAGCGCCAUAAGCAGCAAUUGGAGAAACUCCAGCAUCAGUUUGAAGACGAUGCAUCUGUCAUCUCGGAUGAUCUGUCGACUUUCUCAUCCAUUUCUGGUCUCUCCAUGGCUCAAAACAAUGAAAUCUAUCUUCGUCAUCCGUUAUCCCCUACCACACCGCCUCCCCAUUGCACUGGUAGCUUCUUUGAUCAAAUUCAGCAACAUCCCAUGAUGAACAGCAAGAAAGAUCCCAUGCAAGCUUGGUUGUCCAGCCAUGACGACACCGAUUUCAAUGACAUGACAUGGGAUAAUACCCUUUAUUCUGAGCGUAACGUACUAGACGAUGCCAUGAGCUUCUUGGACGGUCUCAGCGAAAAUGGCAGCGAUGGCGGAUUCAGACAAGAUGUGUACCUUUUGCUCGAGAAUCCUGAUCUAUGCUGUCGUCCGUUAUCGGAAAUAGAAACCAGGAUGAACGAGCUCCGUCGUCAAGAUACAAAGCAAGCUCCACCGGAUUUUAUGCUGAAAGACAUCUUGUGGUUGUUGAAACCUAGCGCUUGGUGCCAGCUUGCUAUGAAAUACUCGAGCAGUUUGAUCUACAACUUGACAUGUUCUAGCUUGCAAUGGUGUCGAUUCCUGAGUGUAUUGGCUGCAGCUGUUGUUAUUAGUAUCUUGAAGGGACCUGAAGACAUUCGUCGUUCAGUAUACUAA